CCCUUUCCGAAGAUCUAAAAGAAACGCCGCACGCACGAGGGCCGACGCUAAGCGCCAACCGCAAGCAUGAACGGCACCGAGGGACCUUAUUUCUACAUCCCCAUGCUGAACACCACCGGCGUGGUGCGGAGUCCUUAUGAAUACCCUCAGUACUACCUUGUCAACCCGGCGGCCUACGCGGGUCUGGGCGCUUACAUGUUCCUGCUCAUCCUGCUGGGCUUCCCCAUCAACUUCCUCACCCUGUACGUCACCAUCGAACACAAGAAGCUGCGGACCCCUCUGAAUUACAUCCUGCUCAAUCUGGCCGUGGCCAACCUCUUCAUGGUCUUCGGAGGAUUCACCACCACCAUGUACACGUCCAUGCACGGCUACUUUGUGCUCGGACGUCUGGGCUGCAACGUGGAAGGAUUCUUCGCCACCCUGGGUGGUGAAAUCGCCCUCUGGUCCCUGGUGGUUCUGGCUAUCGAGAGGUGGGUGGUGGUCUGCAAGCCCAUCAGCAACUUCCGUUUCGGGGAGAACCACGCCAUCAUGGGCUUGGCCUUCACCUGGAUAAUGGCAUCGGCUUGCGCCGUGCCUCCACUCGUCGGCUGGUCCCGGUACAUCCCGGAGGGCAUGCAGUGCUCCUGCGGGGUCGACUAUUACACUCGGGCCGAGGGCUUCAACAACGAGUCCUUCGUCGUCUACAUGUUCGUCUGCCACUUUGUGACUCCGCUGGUCGUCGUGUUCUUCUGCUACGGCCGUCUGCUCUGCGCCGUCAAAGAGGCGGCCGCCGCUCAGCAGGAGUCCGAGACCACCCAGAGGGCCGAGAGGGAAGUCACCCGUAUGGUCAUCCUCAUGGUGAUCGCCUUCCUGGUCUGUUGGUUGCCCUACGCCACCGUGGCCUGGUGGAUCUUCACGCAUCAGGGCGCCGAGUUCGGACCGGUUUUCAUGACCAUCCCGGCCUUCUUUGCCAAGAGCUCCUCCAUCUACAACCCGUUGAUCUACAUCUGCAUGAACAAGCAGUUCCGCCACUGCAUGAUCACCACCAUGUGCUGCGGGAAGAACCCCUUCGAAGAGGAGGAGGGCGCCUCCACGACCACCUCCAAAACCGAGGCCUCGUCCGUCUCCUCCAGCUCCGUCUCUCCUGCGUAAAAGGGCCGUCAAACCCGAUCGACGCCGUCUACUGUCCAAGAAGAGUUCUACAUGACUGAAGGCUACCGUCUACUUCUUUUUUGUAUUUUCACCAACAAGUUGGUUCAAACUAAAGACAGUUGCAGGGAAGAUCAGUUGUUUCCGUGUGUACAGAAUAUUCCACGACGAGAGUUUCCCUUAGCUCGAGGGAAAUGUCGGAUCCUAUAUUGAUAGGGCUUAUCUUUGAACGUAGAGGCAUGUAACCAAAGGCAACGUAAAAUAAAACGCACUUUGCAAAUGACUCAUCAUGUUUAUGUUUUACUGACUCAAGUGAUGAUGUAGUUUUUUUUGUUGCAAGGAAUAAAC